AUGUAUGAGAAGAAAGAGCAAGUAAAGCCCUUAGCUCCGGUCGCCGCAGCCAACCACCUCGAAAUCGAGUCAAAUGCCGCCUUGCCGCCGGAGUUCAUGACCCGCCGCCGCCAAACAUGCAUCAAGUUCACCGGCUGCUUAUUCGCGGUUUUAUCAGUUAUAGUCACGAUCUUACUCGUGCUCACUUUCACGGUUUUCCACGUUAAGGACCCAAUCUUGAACAUCGACUACAAAAACUCGAACAUCCGAACUCUUGACCGUGGCCUUAACGCGACAGUCGAGGCCGAUAUCUCGAUUAGAAAUCCAAAUGUAGCAUUGUUCAAAUUUAGCAACAUGACUACGAUUGUGUACUAUGGUGAGACGAUCAUUGGCCAAACGGAAGCCAUGUUUGGGGAAGUUGGGGCACGAAGGACUCUGAGAAUGAAUGUCUCAAUCGAGCUUAGGUUAUUGGAGGUCGAUUUGAGUUUCGGGAUUUUGUCGAUUAGUAGCUAUACUCGUGUUGUUGGGAGAGUGAAGAUUGGUGGUGGUAAUAAGAGGAGUUUAGUGGUUAGAAUGAAUUGCACAAUGAAUUUAAAUGUAAGUAGCCAUAGAGUAGAAGAGUUGAGUUGUAGGAGGAGAGUUUCACUUUAA